AUGCCAGUUGUUCCUAACACCCUCACACCUGCAGCACUGCGUCUUGCUCAGCUCAUCAAGUUGUCCUGCGGUGUUUUCAACGAGGUUUACAAUCCUACCCAGAUCAGAACCGGUGCCAAGUACUUGAAGAGAAAGUUGAAGGGUCACGUUACCGGCUCCUACUACACUCCAAACAGCUUUCCCUCCGUGUACGAUUUGAAGAAGCACUUCCCUAAGGAGAUCCAACACCGUUUUAUCACCAAUGAGGACAAGUACAAGUUGCACAUGACCUUGGCCAGAAAAAGAAGAGGUAAGGGUAAACCAAAGAAGAAGGACGGUCCACCACCUGAGGAUCCUAAGAGCAAGAAGAAGUAA